CCCAUCAUACAUAGGUCCUAUCAGGGUCCCAUCAUACAUAGGUCCUAUUGAAUGGACUCUCCUUCCAGGCGAGGAGCUGCGUGCGCAGCCUGGCCGUGCCGCGGUGGCUGCUGGGAUCGCUGCUCCGUGUGGACAUGUCCGCCAUGUUGUCUCGGAGCAGCGCGGCCCCGUUGGAGCGAUGAGCGCCGCCGGGCCCCGCUGAGCAGAGCGGAGGACGGGCGCUGUGUCUGCGGGUUCUCUGCGGGUUCUCUGCGGGUUCUCGCACACAAUGAGUAAACUCUCGUUCCGGGCGCGGGCGCUGGACGCCGCCAAGCCGCUGCCGGUGUACCGGAGCACGGAGCUGCCGGACCUCACGGACUGCGUGUCCAUCAGCCGGGCCGUCCCGCAGAUGCCCACCGGCAUGGAGAAGGAGGAGGAGCUGGAGCACCACCUGCAGAGGGCGAUCUCAGCCCAGCAGGUGUUCAGUGAGAAGAAGGAGAACAUGGUGAUCCCUGUACCUGAAGCAGAGAGUAACACCACCUACUACGACCGUCUGUACAAAGGAGACGUCAGAGUCCCCAAACAGCUGAUCCACAUACAGCCUUUGGGUCUGGACCUGGAGCAGCCAGACUAUGACAUGGACUCAGAGGACGAGACGCUGCUCAACAGGCUCAACAGAAAGAUGGAGAUCAAACCUCUGCAGUUUGAGACCAUGGUGGACCGACUGGAGAAGGCCACAACACACCAGCUGGUCUCUCUGUCGGAGGCGAAGCUGCUGCUGAACGAGGACGACUACCUGCUGAAGUCGGUGUACGAUUACUGGAUGAGGAAGAGGAAGAACUGUGGAGGUCCGUCACUGAUUCCUCACAUCAAACAGGAGAAAAGAGACGGAUCCACCAACAACGACGCCUACGUGGCCUUCAGACGGAGAACGGAGAAGAUGCAGACCAGAAAGAACCGAAAGAACGACGAGGCCUCCUACGAGAAGAUGCUGAGACUGAGGAGGGAGUUCAGUCGCACCGUCACCAUCCUGGAGAUGAUCAAGAGGAGGGAGAAGUCCAAGAGGGAGCUGCUGCACCUCACCCUGGAGGUGGUGGAGAGGAGGUGUCAGAUGGAGGAUUUCACUGGACAAACUCUCCGAGAGGUUUCACUGCCUCUGGUGGAGAAACCAGCUUACAACACUCCGGUUCCUCUGAACAACAGACGAAGAACCGACGUGAAGAUGAAGAAGGUCUCUAUAACAGACAAGCUUCCCCUGGACCCGAUUCGGCCGAAUAAGACCAUCAGACGGGACUUGUUCUGUCCUCCACAGAGACGACCCUGUGGACCGGCAGGACCCUUCACCGUCAACAGGGCCAACAUCAACCAGUACGACUUCCACAGCUCUGGAGAUGAAGACAGCCCCCCCCCCCCUCUUCAGUCUCCUCCGUCUUCACCUGAUGAAGAAAAUCAUCCUGAUGGAGUUCAUGUCUUCAGGAGAAAAGCUGGAUGUCAAUAUCUCUCACCCUGUGCGGAGCGGACGGGUGGAGAAGACCAUCCAGGGCUCCUCCCUCCUUGUCUCCAUCACUCUCUGGCUGAACUCACUCUGCCUCCUCAUUGGACGGGACUGAGCCGCCGCCGGAUAGGACGGGGGGGCAGGAUCAUCCUGGACCGAGCCUCCUCUGGUCUGGAUCCAGUACUGAAGCAGCUGGACUCUUUAACACAUCCAGUCUGCAGGACCAGAACCAGGACCAGUAAUGACCCAGUAACUCUGGAGCAGAAACCCCCCCUGACCUCAGGAACCACUACCCCCUCUCUGACUGAAGUCCUGAGCAACAUCCAGACCCUGAGGAGGCUCUGCUUUAGACCCAGACCGGUUCAGGGCCCGAGGGAGGGCGGCAGAAGGUCCACAGAGUCCUCUAUGGAGGACCACAGAGUCACCUGUUGUCUGUCAACUGGCACUAACUCAGGGGGCAUCACACAGGAGCAGUACCACAGCCAUCAGCAGCAGCUGAUCCAGAGGCAGAAACAACAGCUGGAACAGCUGCAACUACAGAACAGCACUGUUUUAGAUAGACACACAGCACUGUACGGAACACAGUCCAGUGAGUCCAGUUCAAAGACUUUGGACUCGGCCAGCGCUCAGUUUGCAGCCUCGGCUGUGAUCAGCGCUCCUCCUCCUCCUCACGGUCACAUCAACAGUGAGAACAAACCCUACAAGGCCAACGUCAACGGAGUCCUUCAUUGUUCAGGUCCUUCCAGGCCUCCGUGUUCUUCCUUCUCAUCUCCCAGCAGGUUGGGCCUUUCAGCUCGGGGUUCUCUCCCCAACCAGAGGAACCAGGUGGGAGCGCUCUCCCCCACCCACACCGCUCGCUCCUCCGCCCCAAAGACCUCUGCCUUAAAGCUCGCCACUGUCGCUGCCGGCCUCGACCGAGUGCCCAAAGUCUCCACCACCAGAGAUCCUCAUGAGUCGGACAGACCUCUGAACGGGCUGUCAGAGAGCAAGCUGCCCAUGGAGGUCACAUAAUACCAUCUCCCAUCAGCCCCUGCUCCUCCUCCCAUCAGCCCCUGCUCCUCCUCCUCAGUGACCGGUGAAUGUGACACGUCCAGAGGAAGAAGGAAUGAAGUCAGAAUCAGAACAUUUUACCAAGUGUGGAUAAUAUUAUGAUUAUUAUUAUUAUUGUUAUUGUUGUACAGUUUGUAAAUGUCUUUGAUGUGAAAAAGUUUUUGUUUAUUUCAUCUAGUUUAGUUUCUAAAACAGAUUAUCAUGUGACUACAGAAUUAAGUGUUGGUUCACAGUAAGCCUUCUGUCUUGGCUCUGAUUGGUCCAUCAUGAGUCUGUAUCCUGGCUCUGAUUGGUCCAUCAUGAGUCUGUAUCCUGGCUCUGAUUGGUCCAUCAUGAGUCUGUAUCCUGGCUCUGAUUGGUCCAUCAUGAGUCUGUAUCCUGGCUCUGAUUGGUCCAUCAUGAGUCUGUAUCUUCACUUUGGUUAUUUAUUUCUAUUGUUUACAUUUUGUAUUUCUUUCAAAUCAGAGUCUUGAUUUUGUUUUAUUUUUUUCCAAAGAUGUAAAACUGAUUUCAAAGAUUUAAAGAUGUCUGACGUCAGGAUCCACUUGAUAUUUUUUUAAUGUUUGUUAAAGAAUCUCUUCAUGGCUUCUGAUCAUUUGAGCCAACAUUCAAAUAGAAAUGUGCACCUGUAAAAUGAGGCAUGGAGGUGCAGCUGCAACACAAAGUUUUUUAUAUUUUUAAACUGCUCAGAUGAACUGAAGCUUUCUACGUCGCCCUUCAGUCGGAAUCAUGAAGAAGACGUGUCGGCUGGUUCACACUCUGUUUGUGUUUCACGUAUUAAAUGCUGAGAAAUAAAAAUGCAUUGACACAGA